GCGGUGUCGUGGAAUUCUUCUCUGCCAUAGAGGAAGUCUGGAUAGAAGUGAUGGCUCGUGAUUGGCUCGUCGGAGUUCCUUGCAUCGCCUCGCGCACCUUUUCUCCCGACUCCUAGUAGAUGACGUCCGAGAGUUGCACAUUCCAGCGCGAGCCGAUGUGUAAGCGCGGUUAUCUUCCUCUUAGUUUUAGCAGGUAUGAUACAACUGACUUUGACGUAUCUCACUCACUGUCCAUAAAAGUCGAAUAUUACAGAUCAUUUGAGUACAAGCUGAAUUGGACAACGGCCAUGUCUCUCCGACGAUCCUCCAGACUAAAGUUCCCCCAGAAAAGUCCUGCUCCGGACGAAGAUGUUGCUCGGCUUCGCGGUAAGAGCCGGAGAGGAAGGACGCGGUUGGAGGAGACCCAUGCAGAUGAGAGCGAGGGGAGAGACAUCGUCGACCUCAUCCCCAGUAAUCCUUUUGCCAAGGAAGGGGCCGCGAGGGAGGCUGUUGGCACGCUCAGUUAUGGACUGGAUCAGUCAAAUGAUGAAAGUGGCUCUGAAAGCAGCAACAACAGCAUAGAUUCCGGUCCGUCCAAUCUGUGCUAUGAUUACAGAGGCGAGCUUUACAGUGACUUUUGCUCGGCUUGCCACAAGCUCUACGAGAAGGCUAAAAGGUUGAAGACGCCGAUCAGAAGCAAACUUCUAGAUAACGAUCCCAAGUCUCUGACCUGUGACCAAUGGGUUCUGAUGAAAAGAUGGAAGCCUAAAGGACAACCUGGUGCCAGACAGAAGUUGUUAAGUCACAUUCAGCUGCAUGAUGGACUCGUUAUGAGACGAGGAGACCAAUCCUCACCCUGUUCGAGGCCGCACAUUUUCCUCAAGAGGAACCUGAGACGGGCCAAUUCCACGGCAGAAAAUCAGAAGAAGAAAAAGAGGAGCAGGGGGAGGCGGGGUAGUUCUCAAGGUUCCCGCGUUGCUAAGCAGAAGCGUCUCCAAAACAACAGUCUGCACCAGCACACAAAUACAAAAGGCAAACUCGGCAACCCGAACAGGUUGUCGACCAUGCCGAGUUUUUGCAGCGACAGCGACCCCGGAGCUCAAAUAAGUCCAGAAACGGAGGGUUGUUCUAAGAACGGUGUGACUGAACUCGUUCCGUCAUCAGCGGCCCUGAAGGCCCCAGCAUCAGCGGCGGUCCGAGCCCCGAGGAGAGCACCGAAGAAGACGUGCGAGUUCAGAGAUCUUCUCGUUCAGCUGCGGGGGAACAGCAGCAUGAUCGUCAGAGAAACAUCCUAACAACAUGGAGGCAUCUGUCUUUAUUGAAGCAGAGGGCCUCUGAUUAUUUAAACUAUUUUUUGAAGUGUUGGGUUUGCUACUCUUAAUUCUGUUGGAUUUGUUUUCGUUAAAUUAUUGUUGCAGUUUCAUAAACUUUCACAUUCAUUUAUUUCUUGUUUGCUUGUAUUGAAUUGAAAUUAAACAUUUUUACCAGU